AUGAGUUCUGUUAAGAUGAAAAAGGGGGACGAAGCCUAUGCAAACACACUGCGAAAGGCUCUGGAUGGUUUGGGUGAAGUGGAUGUCGACUUGAAAGAGGGACGUGUGAUCGUUCAGACUGAGAGUCCGUCGUCAGAGGUGCACGAUAAGAUUGAGGCCACCGGACGAAAGGCUGUGCUGUCGGGAUUUGGCGGACAGUCGGCAGUUGCUCUGAUCAACACAACCGGCAGUGUGGUGGACCGAACGCCUGUCCAAGGCGUUGUACGGUUUACUGCCAUCAGUGCAAAGAAGCCUGGCGUUUUGGUGGAUGUCGUAGUGGAUGGCCUGGAGCCGGGAUUGCACGGCUUCCACAUACACGAAAGUGGCGAUGUUUCCCUAGGGUGUGCCUCUGUUGGCGACCACUAUAAUCCGCGUCAGUCGCGUCACGGCAGCCCAGAAGCAUCGCGUUCAGAACGGCAGGCUGGCGACUUAGGCAAUCUACGUGCUGAUGAGAGUGGACGGGCAAAGAUCCGGAUCGUGGAUGCCGAGCUGGAGGUGGCGGAGAUUAUCGGAAGGGCCGUUGUUAUAACAUCCAGUGCUGACGAUCUUGGACUUGGUGCAAACGACCAAAGUCUGUUCAGAAUCGCCUGCGGGAUAAUUGCUCGCUCGGCGUGA